UUUGGAAUAUGGAUUAUUUGCGAACAUGAACUUAUUUGCCAAACUUCUUCAUCAUUGGAUUUUAAAUCAAUUGGUUUAAUUUCAUCUUUCGUUAUGAAAAUAUUUUGAAUUUAGAGCAAGAAAAGAACAAUAGAAAUUCCUGGAAAUCCAUUGAUCUUUUUUGAAAAAUGACCGUUAAUUUCGGACAUCAUAACUAGCUUUUAUAAAAUGAGUUUUCUAUUCAACAGGUUUCACAAAAGAUUUGCUCCUUUGUUAAAGAAAACCAAACGGAAAACUCGCAAAAGCUUGAAGGAUUUUUCUCUAUCUACACUGAAGUUUUGAGCUAUGACAGAAGCACGAACAUUAAUGAUGAGAUUGAAAAAUUGUCAAAUUUAUAAUAAAUAUAUAUUUUACCAAAAAAAAUUGAUUCUCAUAAAGAAACAUUAAAAGCACAAUUUUAAUUAUUUAAAAGACUUUUGCAUGCUUAAUAUCUUUUGUGGCUGAAAAUCGAACAAUUUGCAAGAAUGAUCCAAACUUUAAACCAAUUCAGCCUUAUCUCAGGAUCCUGCAGCUAUAAAUGCUCAAACAUCCACAAAGGUAUCGAAAAUGAUGGAAUUAGCAUUUGAUAUUGGUGCCGAGAGAAGCAAAAAAGAGACUGCAAUGAGUAAUCUUGUAGUGUUAGCUAGAGAAAAGGCAGGAGCCGAUGUAAUGUUCUUUGAGAAUAUAGCUACUUGUGUCGGUUAAUUAUUCAAAGUCGAAAAAAUGAUGAAAUACUUGUUAAUGCUAUACGUGUAAUUGAUGAUAUCUGUAUCAAGUCAUUACAUUACACAAAGAAGAUCAUUAAUGAACUUGGUAUCCCUUGACUCCUACAAAUUCUUGAUAGUAAAAAUCCUGAUCGUGUCAUGUCAGCUCAGCAUUGCUUACAAGUCAUUCUUAAUUCAUUCUCUGGCUUAACUAAUAAAGAGGAUUCAAAGCCAGAUCAACAAUUAGUUGAAGAUAAUAAGAAUGAAAUUGAUACAAUUCUUACAUGCUUGAUUUAUGCAACAACAGAUCGUACAAUUACUGGCGAAGCUCGUGAUGCUGUUGUAGAAUUAUUGAUCAGAAAUGCUCAUUAUCAAACACUUAAUUGGGCUGAACGUCUUAUCGAGAAAAAGGGUCUUUAUCGUUUGAUGGAAAUUUGUAGUGAAUUAGAGGAAUAUAAAUAUGAGAGUGCAAUGCCAAUAACACCAUCGUCUAGAACCAUCGCUUCCGUUUGUUUAGCAAGAAUUUAUGAAAACAUGUACUAUGAUGAAGCUCGACAACGAUUCAUUGCUCACAUUGAUGAAUAUAUAAGGGAUAAGCUUUUAAAUCCAGAAUUUGAAUCAAAAGUUCGUGUUGUAGUCGCUUUAACAUCACUUCUUCUUGGUCCAUUAGAUGUUGGUAAUACAAUUUUCGCACGUGAUGGAAUCAUGCAAAUGAUUUUAGCAAUGGCAAGUGAUGAUGAAUUGUUACAUCAAAAAGUAGCUUCUGAAUGUCUUAUUGCUGCAGCAUCAAAGAAGGAUAAGGCUAAAGCAUUAAUAACAAGUGGGGUGGAAAUUUUAAAGAAAUUAUAUCAUUCAAAAGAUGAAGGAAUUCGAGUAAGAGCACUAGUUGGAUUAUGUAAAUUAGGUAGCUCUGGUGGCCUUGAUGCAUCUAUUCGUCCAUUUGCUGAAGGAUCAACUGUUAAACUAGCUGAAGCAUGUCGUCGUUUUCUCAUUAAACCUGGUAAAGAUAAGGAUAUUCGUAAAUUUGCAGCUGAAGGAUUGUCAUUCCUUACACUUGAUGCUGAUGUUAAAGAGAAAUUAAUUGAUGAUAAAUUGGCUAUUCAAGCACUCAUUGAACUAGCUAAAACUGGAGAUCAAUCUGUCAUUUAUGGUGUUGUUACUACACUUGUUAAUCUUGUCAAUGCUUAUGAAAAGCAGGAAAUGCUUCCUGAACUUAUGGAACUUGCUAAAUUCGCAAAACAUCAUGUUCCAGAAGAAUCAGAACUCGAUGAUCCAGAUUUUGUAGCCAAACGUAUUAAUACAUUGGCAGAAGAAGGUAUUACUGUCGCCUUAGUUGCUCUAUCAAAAACUGAGAGUGACAAUGCCAAAGAAAUGAUUGCGAGAGUUUUUAAUGCAAUUUGCUCCGAAACUAGUGUUAGGGGAAAGAUUGUUCAACAAGGUGGUGCUCGUGUCUUAAUUCAGCUUGCAUUAAAAGGUACUGAAAAGGGCAAACGAAAUGCUGGUCAGGCUUUGUCACGUUUAGGUAUCACUAUCAAUCCCGAACAAGCAUUUCCUGGACAACGAUCAUUAGAAGUUGUUAGACCAUUACUUAAUCAACUUCAUCCAGACUAUAGUGCACUCGAGAAUUUUGAAGCACUUUUGGCACUUUGUAAUUUAGCUCAAAUGAAUGAUUCAGUUCGCAAUCGCAUAAUGAAAGAGAAAGGAAUGUCACGUAUUGAAAUGUUCUUAAUGGAAGAUCACAUUUUGUUGACUAGAGCUGCCACACAAGUAAUUUGCAACAUGGUUUUGAAUGAGGAUUAUAUAAAAUGGCAUGAAGGAGACAAUGAUCGCGUAAAAUUCUUAGCACUGUUGUGCGAGGAGGAAGAUGAAGAAACAGCUUUAGCAUGUAGUGGUGCAUUAGCAAUUCUGACAUCUAAUAGUGCAAAAUGUUGUGAGAAAAUGAUAACUCCAUCGUCAUGGCUUGAAAUUUUGCAUACGUUAAUAGCGAAUCCAAGCCCUGAUGUACAGUUUAGAGGAAUUGUCAUAAUUCACAACAUGAUUCGACAGAGUAAAACAGUUGCUGAGAAAAUAUUCGAUACUGAUGUUUUGCAGCUUUUAAUGGGUGUCACUCAGCUUAACGACGAGAAAAGAUCAAAGGCAAUUGAAGAAGCCAAAUUAUGCCUAAAGACAGCAGAAGAUAUGAAAUUAAUUCAAGAAAAGAAAGAUGAUGCGAAUGAUAUGAUGCCAGAUGUAUCGAAAAUGAUGGAAUUAGCAUUUGAUAUUGGUGCCGAGAGAAGCAAAAAAGAGACUGCAAUGAGUAAUCUUGUAGUGUUAGCUAGAGAAAAGGCAGGAGCCGAUGUAAUGUUCUUUGAGAAUAUAGCUACUUGUGUCGGUUAA